AUGCAGCCCAUUACUCCGGCUCCACGGCGCCCAGAUACCUCUGACCCUUCCUCUACCCCCAAUGCCUCGGUCCCUCGACUUCGCAAGGCAUCAACAGCAUGCCGGGAGUGCAAGCGAACUAAGGCGAGGUGUCAUAUCAGAGAAGGCGCCUCCGAGUGCGACCGAUGCACCGAACGUCACCUCUCGUGUGUGUUCGACCUGGAAGAAGACAUGCGGCGGAAACUGGCUCACAAGCGGAAGAUUGAAAAGCUAGAAGAGGAGCGCAAUGACUUGCUACAGCUAGUCAAGACAUUGCAGAAUAGCUCUGAUGCCAAUGCUAUGCAAGUGCUGAGUCUCAUCCGAAGUAAGCCACCACUCAGCAAAAUUAAGCUUUACAUAGAUAAGAACAUCUCCGAGCAUGAGCAAGAGACCACACCGUCCUUGGCUGAAAUCCACAAUCAAACGUCGAUGCUGGAAAACGGAAACAAACGCACGUACUCGCAUAGGGCACUGACUAUCCAACGUCUGGUGGAUAUACCGGUCUAUCGUAUUCCAGCCGCCCCGUGGACCUCAGUCACUGAAAGUGAUGAUUUUGUAUCUCAUCUGAUCUCCCUAUGGUUGACCUGGAGUUAUCCGUUCUAUAAUUGGAUUGAUCGAGAGCUCUUCCUUCGUGACGCUCAAGAAGGGAAGUCGAAUUCUCAAUUCUGUUCACCGUUUCUAGUGAAUUGCAUUCUGGCCGAAGCAUGCUUUCAUUCCGAUUACCUGGAAGCGUACGCCGACCCCAAUAAUCCAGAUUCAAGGGGUAUACAUUUUUACGAGGAAGCGCGGAAGCUCUACGAGAAGAUAGAGGGUCGGCUUGAUAUGCCAACUAUUCAAGGAUGCGGAGUGCUGUUUGUGUGUAUGGCGAUUAUGGGAAAGGACCGCAUGGGUUGGUGGUAUCUCGGCCAAGUUCGCAGCAUGGCUGAGGAAUACGCCAAGAAGCAUCCUAACUCGCCGUCUGAUACCCCUACCAGGGAAAGUCGCGCGAUUGACAAUACCAUCUGGGGAAUCUACAAUCUUACAGCAACGGCAUCGAUUUCGCUCAUGAAGCAUAUGGCUAUUGAUCGUCCAAAUCGACAUCUCCUGCCAUGCGAUCAUUCCGAGGAUGAUACCUGGGCCGCGUACCCGCGACAAAUGGACACAGUUCAAUCUCACAUCCCCUGUGUGCUGAACAGCUUCACUGCGCUAAGUGAGAUCAACGUGAAUGCGAGUCGACUCGUCUUCGCAACUGGCCUCAAAACACCACCAGGCGAACUAGAGAAGACCCUGAAAGGUAUCCAAGCACGGCUAGAUGGCUGGAGGAAUGACCUUCCUACAUGUCUAACUCUCGACAAUGCCACUAUUCCUCAAUCGUUGAGUUUGCAUAUGCUCUAUCACACCGUGGUAAUAGUGCUCUGGGGCCUCCUCAAAAAGGAAGCCACCGACGAUGAAAACAAUAUUAAGAUAACCCGCGAAGCAGCAAAGAAAGCAUGCGUGGAUUCCGCCCUAGCAAUCGUCAAUCUUCUACACAUUCAUCGAACCCGGUGGGGACCGGAUCAUAUUUCACCAACUACCAUUCACUGGGUGAGUAUGGCCCUCUUCACCAUGGUAGAGGACCUUGACAACAGCGAGCAUCGCAAUGCCUUCACUAAACUUUGUGUUACCGCUCGUGCCUUUUCCCAGAAAUGGACUCUUAUGAAGGGUAUUUUGCGGAUGUUGCAGGUUUCUGCGCAGAAAUAUGGGCUCACGCUUCCGCCAGAGGCUCGUGCUUUGUUUGCAGAUCUCCAGAAGAUGUGGGAUGAGGGCCUUCGUGAUCAGAUUCGCAGCCUUUAUCCGAAUCCUAUUUCGUUGUCCGAGACGGGUGGGGACCGCACCCUCGAUGAGGCGGAGCUGGACAGUUUUCUGAAGAAGUGGGAUAGACUUGAAGGCUUUGAAUAG